AAAAAUAAAAAGAAAGAAAAAGCAAACGCUCAACAUAACAAAAUCAUAAUGUAUUCGUUAUCUUUAAUUCCGUCCAAGAAUUUCCCUUUAUUGCAUACUUCUACUGCUACUACCACUUCAUUUCCACCCAUAUCUCUUAAAUUCUGCAGCAGAAGCAGAUUCUAUGCAAAAAAAUCUGAUGACCCAGAUGCAGAAUCUGAUUCAGAGUCAAAACUUUCUCAGGAAAGUGGUGCCACCAGUUCACCUACUAGUUUCUUGUCUGUUCUUUGUCCCCUGCUCAAGCUCUUAUCUGGAGGAGAUCCCUCUCGAGAACGUAAUCACGCUUUGGAGGUAGCAACAUCUUCCUUGUCUACCUUGGCAAGACUUCCAUGGGGAUCAAGAACACUAUCUGAAAGUUAUGAUAAUGGACAGAUGACAACUUCUGAUUCUUUUAAGCCUUUACAACUCUUCGAAUUCGAAGCAUGCCCCUUUUGCAGGAGAGUCAGAGAGGCCUUGACUGAGCUAGAUCUAUCAGUAGAGGUGUAUCCUUGUCCAAAGGGCUCUUUAAGACAUAGGCAAAUGGUCAGAGAAUUUGGUGGCAAUGAGCAGUUUCCUUUCCUAAUUGAUCCAAACACUGGUAUUUCCAUGUAUGAAAGUGGUGACAUUGUGAAAUAUCUAUUUCAGCAAUACGGUAAAGGGCGAAGCCCCUCAACAGGACUUUUGGAAAGCACAUUGCUCACUGGAUGGAUGCCAACACUUCUUCGAGCUGGAAGAGGAAUGACCAAAUGGGAAAGGGCCAGAGUGGAUGCUCCAUCUAAGAAGUUGGAACUUUUCUCAUAUGAGAACGAUCCUUAUGCAAGAAUCGUGCGCGAGGCACUAUGUGAAUUGGAGCUCCCAUACGUCCUUCAAAAUGUAGGAGUAGGAUCUCGGCGAAAAAACAUUCUGCUUGAGAUAUCAGGAUCCCAGGAGGUGCCAUUCUUAGUUGAUCCAAACACCGGAGCUCAAAUUGGUGACUACGAGAAGGCCUUGGAAUAUUUAUUCAGGACAUAUUCAGCAGCUGCGACAUAGUAUUAAACUUCUAAAGCUAUUUGUACAUGAAGCAUGUAACAUAUUAUUGUUCAAUCAGAUUCGUAGGUAUUGUUAAAAAAAUCGAUGAUUAGCAAUCACCAUUUUCCUCACAAGUUGUAUGAAAUUUUAGGGCUUCGGAGAAAGAGAAAAAGUCUGAAGACAAUUAUCAUGACAUUACUGUAAAGUUAUUUGACAUAUUAACAGGUUCAGAAACCUGCAAAAUUUGUUGCUCUAAUGAUUAGAUUCAUUGAAAUGAGAUCUUUCGGACAA